GAAAUCUAAUCCUCCUAUUGUUGACCAAAAAAAUAAAAAUCUUCCAUUUAUUUUAAUUAAUGUCUUAUAAUAACCACUCUGUUGUGCAAAUUUCUCCUCGUUCCCAACCACUUCUAUGCCUUGUGUCAUUCCCUGACACCUAAGAAGUUUAUAGCGUCGCAUUUAUCAAUGGACCAAUCAAUAAAAGUUCUAGAUCGUCGUGACUCACUUGCUAAACAAUAUCAUAUGAACACUAGUUUUGGUUACUUUUAUGUACUAUAUAUAUAACCUGUAGUUCAAUAACCCUCAAAACAAUAUUAUAAGAGGCAAUGUCGACGUUCACGGGCGAUAAUGAGACUGGAACUAUAGUUUCAGACGAUAUUGUCGAGUGUUCCGUCGAUUUUCAAGGCAAUCCAUCCGUCAGAUCCGCCUCCGGUGGAUGGAGAUCUUCUGGCUUCACCAUUGGUGCUGAAAUGGCGGAGAAAUUCGCCUACUUCGGGGUAGCUUCAAAUCUGAUGACCUACUUCACGGGGCCGCUACAAGAGUCAACGGCGGUUGCUGCGUCAAACGUUAACCUCUGGCUCGGAACAGCAGCUUUUUUGCCUCUCAUAUGGGGUUCUAUCGCCGACUCUUUUCUCGGACGUUUCCGUACCAUCCUCCUAACCUCCUCUUUCUACAUAAUGGGACUUGGGCUGCUUACGUAUUCAGCGACGAUUCCUGAUCUCUGUGGAGAUCAAGAAACACAUGUUUCGUGCGUUUCUCAGGUCAAAGUAGGAGUCUUCUUUUGUGCUCUCUAUUUGAUUGCGUUAGGGGAAGGAGGCUUCAAGGUAUGUCUUAGAACUUUCGGAGCAGAUCAGUUUGAUGAACAAGACCCUGUAGAGUCCAAAGCCAAGAGCUCUUACUUUAACUGGUUGUAUUUUGCGAUAUCAACCGGCAUAUUCACCACUCGGUUGGUCAUCAAUUAUGUCCAAGAAAAUCUAAGCUGGGCUUUAGGAUAUGGGAUUCCAUGCUUCUCCAUGAUACUUUCUCUGUUCUUGUUCUUACUUGGGAUCAAAACUUACCGCUUCAACACUGGAGGAGAAAAAAGACAAGGGAAAAAACAUAAUAACCCUUUUGUUAGAAUUGGCCUUGUUUUAAUCGCUGCAGCCAAAAACCGACGACAAACUCCUUCUGAUGAGACUUGCCUUCUUCUGCCUGACGAAGAAACUUCGAAUAAGUUCAGAUUCUUGGAUAGAGCGGUAAUUUCGUGCGGUUCAUAUGAAGUUGAGGAAGCUAAAACUGUUUUGAGUCUCAUUCCAAUAUGGAUGUGUAGUUUAGUGUUUGGCAUUGUGUAUGGGCAAUCUCCUACUUUCUUCACAAAACAAGGAUCUACAAUGGACAGAUCAAUCUCGUCAACACUCAUAGUCCCUGCAGCUACACUCCAAUGCUUCAUAAGCCUAGCAAUUAUCUUCUUCAUCCCAAUCUAUGACCGUUUAUUCGUCCCAAUCGUACGAUCGUUCACUCAUAAACCAGCAGGAAUCACAACGCUUCAGAGAAUUUCCACCGGCAUUUUCCUCUCAAUUAUUUCAAUGGCGACAGCUGCUUUGGUCGAGAUGAAAAGACUCAAGGUCGCACGAGACCACGGGCUAGUUGGUUCGCCUGACGCCACGGUCCCAAUGAGCGUUUGCUGGCUCAUUCCACAAUACGUUCUCUUUGGAGUGUCUGACGUUUUCACUAUGGUUGGAUUACAAGAGUUUUUCUAUGGACAGAUCCCGGUCGAGCUUAGGAGCAUGGGACUGGCUCUAUACCUAAGCAUAAUAGGCAUAGGAAACUUCCUAAGUAGUUUCAUGGUAUCGGUCAUCGAGAAAGCCACAAGCCAGUCCGGUCAACCGAGCUGGUUCGAUAAUAACCUAAACCAGGCACAUCUUGAUUACUUCUAUUGGCUACUUGCUUGUCUCAGCUCCAUCUCCUUCGUUUUCAUUGUCCAUCUCGCCAAGUCGUAUGUCUACAAAAGCCCAAAGUAAACUCUAGCCUUCUUGAGGAAUAAGGUUACGUUGAGUGACAUUAAAUAGGUUGAAUAAAAAUAGUGAGAGCGAUAUGGAUGGAUAAAUGAAAUGGUAUUUACGAUUUAUUUUGAUAUUAAAAUCAUUAUUUAUACGUUUUGUGAUAAUAUUUUGGUUAUAGGGAUUGAUAAAUGUUGAAAACGAAAGAUAUCAUUUAUUAUUUGGUAUGGUAUAGUUUUCGGUUU